CACCCAAAGUUCCACCACCACGCCGUGUAGCCUGCAGCCUCCACGUCUGCGAGUUCUCUAGUCGAGGCUUAGAGGAGCGCGUAGGCCGGGAAGGAAAGUCGGAAUUCUUGCGCGGUUCGUGAUCCAGCUGCUGGACUCUCUGCACCGUCGUCUCCUUUACCGCGCCGUGGCUGCUGGGAGCUCGACCAUUCUGAACGCUGCAAGAGAAUGUCGCCAUGGGACGCUAUGCAUUGCCGCUCACAGUUCACACCUCACACAAACAAAAUGAGCUACAGUGUGAGAAAGGAGAUGUGGUGACUCUAAUUGAUGAGCCCUCAGGGGAUUACUGUCAAGCGACUGCGGCAGACGGCAGCUGUGGGACUCGUUCCAUGUCUCAAUCCUGGAACGGACCCGGAGAGGGAGUGGUGCUACAACCCAUGCCUGGUUCCACGGACCAAGUCACAGGUUUGAGGCUGAGAAGAUAUUGGACAGGAACCAAGACGGCCAGUUUCUGAUGAGGACGAGUCAGAGCCACAGAAGGAAUCUAGGCCUUGGCCGUCUCGCACAAAGGGGCAGUCAGUCACUAUCUGAUAGCGAUGGACUUCUCAACACGAAAACUGACCAUCUCUGGCAAACUUUACUUCCCAACUCUUCUCGAGCUAGUCAACUAUUACAUGAGAAAUGAUGAGGAUCUGGGGACAUGUCUACGUGUACCUCGGAUUAGACGCGGUGCCCUGGAAUAUUACGUCGACACUGAGACUUUGAAACACAAGUGGGGUCUUAGUGAGUCUCAUCUCACUCUUGGAACGUCAAUAGGGAAAGGGGAAUUUGGCGAAGUCCUCACUGGCACAUACAAAGGGAUGCAGGUGGCCGUGAAGAGGAUUCACGACGAGAAGAGGAGUGGAGUUGCCGUCACUGCUCUCCUGAGAGAAGCAGCUGUCAUGACGUAAGUCGUCCGCCGAAGCCCGUUACGGGGGGUGUGGCUAGUGUCGUGACCUUUGAACCCUCUGCCCGUAGUCACAUGCACCACAAGAACCUGGUUCAACUGGUUGGACUGGUUUUGAAGGGUUCGACUCUCAAGUGCAUCGUCAUGGAAGUCAUGGGGAAGGGCUCGCUACAGAAGUAUCUCAUUUCCAGAGGUCGAUCGGUUGUGUCACAAGCAGAGCUUCUUGGCUUUUGCAGAGGUGUGUGUGCUGGCAUGAGCUACAUAUCGGCACAGAGAUUUGUGCACAGAGAUCUGGCAGCCAGAAACGUCCUACUCAACAGCAACGGACAGGCUAAGAUUUCCGACUUUGGCAUGGCUCAACGUACAGACAUACACGUACCUCACGAGGGAGGCAAGUUCCCCAUCAAGUGGACCGCUCCCGAGGCCCUGAAAGACAGCAGAUUCUCGAGCAAGUCGGACGUGUGGAGUUUCGGCAUCUUUCUCUGGGAGGCGUUUUCCUACGGCCGAGUGCCCUACCCUUCCAUUGCUGUGGAUGAUGUCCUGGAGCAGAUUGAAGAUGGCUAUGUAAUGGACCCUCCAGAUAACUGCCCCCCGGGCGUCUAUGAGAUAAUGGAGAGAUGCUGGCUGAUGGAGCCAAGGGAGAGAGACCUCGUUUACAGUGUUGGAACAGCUGUUGGCCAAGAACUUUGGUGAAUCAAUCACUCCCCAUGCCAGCCCGCUGCGCCCUCAGGAAAAUGAUGACACUUCCACAGAUUGAAGAGCUGCUAUUGACUGCUGCAGCCGAGCAGGCGUACCGCGACGCUCCCCUCUCUCGCAAGGCAAACAUGUUUGUCAGCAACCUCACCUUCCUCGGUCCCCUCGGUUCGGGGAAGACGAGCCUCCUGCGCAACAUCCAGGGAAAGUCGUUUCGCCUCACGGAACCCCACACCCUCUCAGCGGGGAUUCGCCCACGACUCUAUUUCACCUGUCGAGACCACCUGAUUGGUCGCCAUCCUCGGCCGCUCUCGUGUACGAGGAGGAACUGGUGCGAAUCAUCGUCGACGAUCUUCUCAAACACGUGAAGAGUCUAGCGACGGCGUCGUCCCGGAUCCAGCGUCGUUCUGCACUACGCCCGCCGCCGGCUCGGGCGACGCCGGAACCAGGUUUGGGUCUGAGACGGUGGAUGGAAUGGGAAUGAAAGACGUCCCUCCGCCGCUACCGCCGGUGACCAGGCGUCGCUCGCAAAGCUUCACUGACAAGUUCUGGAACCCGGAUCUCGAGUCUGUGAAAGCCACCUACCGUCUGUCGGGGAGUUUCGAGGUGUUGGGGUCUGAGACUCCGGAGGGAAAGCUUCAGUUGGGGUAUCGGAGUGACCUCGAUGCCGAGAGGGAGACGGCCCCCGUAGGUCAUCGCCAUGGCAGCAGCGGGAGCGGGGGUCACCGAAAGGGGUUCAUGUCGCGGCUCUUCACGGGGAAAGGGAGGGGAGGGAAAUCAGCGCUCCGCAGGCAUAAUUCUGACUCUGUACGCAGCACCCAUUUCACUGGUUUACAGCCUUUGUCCAGCCUCAACGGUCCCAUCGCUGGAGUUCCACCUCCAAUUAAAGCACCUCCUCCAGUCAAGGUGUCCUCCAUUCCUGAAAGACUUCUGGAGAAGAUUCGUGUCGGGAUGAGAGACUGCACCAACAGUACCCUCCCCGUCCAGUUUUUCAGCCGGUUCAUCGACGUACCGGGAGCCAAGGCCUUCCGCGCCGUUCGCUCGCUGUUUGUGACCGACCACUCGCUCUGCGUCCUGGUCUACGACACAUCAAAGAGCCUGGACACGAGAAUAUCUCCACGGGUACACCGGAAGACGUCUAUCCCCUUGGUACGAGCCGAGGCCGCGUCACGCGUUGUAAACGGUGGGGGCAGCCCCGAUGAUUGCAUGGAGGAGAGCCAUUUCGAGCAGAUCAUGGCAGAUUUCAAUAAUCUCGGGCUCCACUGGUCGCACUCGGACGCCGACAUGUCACUGCGAGGCCAACGUGUGAUUCUCGUGGCAACCCACUCCGACAAGGUACCGUCUUCCAUCUCCCACACAAACUUCGACCAGCUCCGCACGGCCAUCAAGAAUUCGCCCUACCACAAGUACGUGGCAAUGAUGAAGUACGUCCUCAGCAGCUCGUCGGUCAUCGAGCGUUCAAACAUGGAGGAUCUGAAGCGCUACAUCAUCGAGAUCACAAAGAAAUCGUGUCGACAGCAAGUCCCGCUGAAAUGGCUUCGUUGCAUCCGCCGCUUCCUCUCGCUGUCUGAGAGAGGAGUCCAUUUCAUCACGCUGCAAGACGCCAAGAAGAUUGUGUCGGAGACGUGUGAUGUCGCCGGCACCGACGAAGUAGACGCAAUUGUUCGUUUUCUUCACAACAACCAGGUGAUUCUCCACUUUGCCCCCGUGCACCAUCUGUGCGAGCUCGUCUUCACGUCCUCCGUGUGGUUCGCCCGGCAGCUCAGCGGGGUGUUCGGAGCGGCCUGGGUCGACGUGUCUUCGGGGGCCGCGGCGGCGCGACUGCAGAGCGAUCAGAACAGGCUCCAGAUGCGCGGAAUCCUCUCUGCCCAGCUCCUGGACCACGUGUGGAAGGGAGAGAGCUCCGCGAACCGCCGUCGACUCCUCGCCAUCCUGCACAAGAUGGAUCUGGUGUGCUGUCUUGGUCCCAACACCCACCCCAUCUCUCCCUCGGCGUCUCCCUCUUCCAUCGCCCAGGAUAUCGGGCAAGGUGGGGUUGGAGGGGUGGACCAACACUCUCACAACGUGGCUCCCGGCAGCGCGAGACCUUCUUCGGCCGAUCACGUCUUCUCAGUUUCGUCGCUUGUGGUUCCCUCUGUCGUCACAGAGCCCAUGCCUCUUCAUCUCCUCCAGAUGCCGACUUUCGACCUUCAACCUCUUCAUUUCCGCUUCAAGGAGGGGUUUGUACCGUACGACGUGUUUCCGCGACUCCUGACUCGUUGCGUCCACUCCUACCCCACCAACUACACCCUCUACAGCAACGCCGCUCUAUUUGAGGUCGACACCUCAACUCUUCUCCUCAUCUCCGAAUCAAAAGGUCGAAUCACUGUCAACCUGUACCAGAGUCGCAGUUCUGCCUCCACUUCCCCUCGCGGGUUCGCCCCUGUUAAUCUAGACGAUGCAGUUCGUCUACCGGAGCCGGCUAACCUGGACACGUGCAUGGCGGUACAAAUGUUCCUCCAGACAGCAAUAAGCGACAUCAUCCAACAGUGGCUACCUCAAAUCGAAUACGAUCUGUGCGUGGAGUGCAUGUGUUCCAGUAAGCCACCCAACGGAGAGGGGGAGGAGGAAGGGGAAGGGGUUCACCACAUGGUGCUGAGUCAGAGCGACAACAUUCUACAGCGAGUGUCGCUCAACUGCGAGAGAGGGACGCAGGUGCUGAUUAGCGUGUCCCUGUACUCGUGGUUUGGCGAGAUUCCUCAUCCUCACUCUCCCGAAGAGAACAGUACAGACUACAUUACGACGGAGGACAUUGAGGUGGUGUGCGUGCAGCUCAAUGCAACCUGGCCUGUCCUCGGUCAGGCGCUCGGCUUCAGUCGCACGGAGCUGGAGCGGAUCGCCAUGGUGUCCAAGACCCAGGUCUCCGCGGCGAGGAAGAUGAUGGAGGAGUGGAAGACGCUGUACAAACAGAACGCCACGUUCUUCGCCCUCCUCGGUGCCUUGGAGAUAAUCCAGAGGAGAGAUAUUGCGGAUGAUUUGGUCGCCGCUAGAAUGUGCGGCAUGGGAAUUGACCUCUAGUCAUCAUCAUCAUCAUUUGGAGAUGUGUAAUUUGUGUGUUUAUGCACCUCUUUUUUUUAAACCAGACACUUGCUGACAUUGUGUUUAAAUGUGAUGUCAGUGUUUGUGUACAAAUAGAAGAUCAUCCGUAAACAGAAUCCGAACAUUCGCUGGAAUUAUUGCAUUCCUG